UGGGGGGACAGCGGGAGGGGGCUGGGUAUUUAUAUGUUUGUUGCACACCGCCUCAAAGUAUUUCGAGGUCCUGCUUGAAACCUCCACCGAAUUCGAGACCCCCAUCGCCGCACUAGCGCUCACAACGUCACACUCCCGGAACCCCGAGCCGCGCUACUACAACUUUUCCUAAUCGUGCACGCCGCCCACCCCGGAACUAUUAGCAAAUUUCCUAAUCGGCAGCGCAUGGACGGCCUGCCUCAGCAUGUCGAGCCAGCCUAAAAUGCUUCCCUUAUGCACCUUGCCAUCGGUCCACGGGUAUGAUCGCCCCCAUCAGCCAUGUCGAUACCAUGCUUGUGGAGGCUGCAGAAGAGCGCCGCCCCGCCCGGGAACAACAGAUUUUCGGAAGCCUCGGCUGUACAGGAGGCGUACGCAUGCACGCAUGCUGGGACUGGCAAGGCGGAGGUACGCACGCUGGGACUGGGACUGGCUCGACACAAGCCCUUCCCCUGGCAGGGCGGAGGACAGAAAAGUUGCUCAUGAGUCAUUGCCAUCAGGGCGAGGGAAGGCCGGGGGGGGGGAGUGGAGCUACAUGGGCUUUCGGGGUGUCAACUGGAGUCCUCAGAGGCCUCAGACUCGCUCGCUUCGCAUAUGCUCUCGGCCAGGCCGCAGGAAAGCCCCGUCCAUGCAGCGGAAAGAGUUGAAGAGUACAGGGAGAAUUGUGGUGUGACGUCAAGUGCAUCAACCAACCUUUGGGGGGACGCCUCUCCGCUAGACCCGCAGCUCUUCGUUGCGGCCUUUGUUCUCGGCUCUUACCCAGCGUACGCACAAGCUUUUUUGGGGGUGGAGGGUGGGCUUAUGCCUAUGGUAAUCCAG